UUCCUUAUAGCUUGUCUGCCAAAGUAGGGUACAAGCCUACUGGAGCCUACUCACAUGGGUAGACCAUAAUUCUUUACUAAACUAGAUGACUGUCAAUUCAAUUAUUGGGAAAAUAUAGCCCAUGAUAAUCAGAUUGGCUACAUUGGCUAUUCAGGGUCAUAGGUGAACAAACAUGUGAUAUCAAUUUCAAAGGACUACUUUACAAACAUCUGAACUGCAAUCAUUGUGCUUUGUUCGUUAUUUUCAGCAAGAGGGAUGUCAAGUUUAUGAACGCUUGUAACAAUACCAGACGUCUGUCUGAAUAGUACACGGGGUACUGUCUCAUUUCUUUAUUUUUUCAUGUAGUUUACUGUCAUCGCGGUUGCUGAAACGUUGCAGCAAUAAAAUAGGUCUGCUGUUGCUGAGGCUCGGCGACUGGCUGUACAUAGGCUAGACUAGAGCCAUAGCUCUACAACAUCCGGGCAUUCCUCAGCCUGCGCAGAAACGGAAUGGCGGAGCUGGUUCGAUGGGCUCUGGAGAUCACAGACGCAGCCUAGUGGAGAUCCUGAGGCAGGGCUAUGAGGGGCCGGAGGAGGAGUCCAGGGCCCUAGUGGAACUGGAGAAGAGCCUAGGGGCCACCCAAUGAAGAUGGCAGCACGCCCCCACACUGGCAGUGAGAUGCCCCUGGAGGAGCUGCUGGCGCUGUAUGGCUAUGAGGUGUCUGACCCCCUCCUACAGCAGGACAGGGAGCCCAAUGAGCUGUCAGCCAGUCUGCCUGACAUGACACUGGACAAGGACCAGAUAGCUAAGGAUCUGUUCUCAGGAGAGGAUGAAGAGGAGUCAUCAGCUGACGACCUCACUCCCUCUGUCACCUCCCAUGCCUCCGACCUCCUCCGCCGCCACCUAAGAGCCCAUUCCCUGGCAAGUGGAGACAAAGGCACUUUAGUCAGCACCUCAGAAGAAGAUUCAGACAAUGAUGACGACACCUCCAUUCCCUCCAAUGAUGGACGCAAGGACAUCAUGGUGGGCUCAAUGUACCAAGCCAAAAUCCCUACUCUCAGCCUAUACUCAGACCAGGAGAGAGUCUAUGAGAAUGAGGACCAGCUCCUGUGGACCCCAGACAUGCUGUCAGGCCAGGCUGUAGAGGAGUUCUUACUGAGUGCCCAGAGAUGGGGAGGCCAGCAGGGCGCUAAAGACACCCUUAUCACUGGGGACAUAAUCAAAGACAAUGAUCAGGCUCUGUAUGAGCUGGUGAAAUGCAGCUUCAAUGCAGAGGAGGCACUGAGGCGACUGCGCUUUAAUGUGAAAGUAUUCAGCGAGGAGCUGUGUGCCUGGAGCGAGGAGGAGUGUCGAAACUUUGAACAUGGCUAUCGAGUUCAUGGGAAGAACUUCCACCUCAUUCAGGCCAAUAAGGUACGCACACGGUCGGUGGGGGAGUGUGUGGAGUAUUACUACAUGUGGAAGAAGUCGGACCGCCAUGAGUACUUUACCCAGCAGACCACCAAGCUGGGUCGCAAGAAGUACAGUCUGCAGUCAGGGAACAUGGAGGAUGGAGAGCAGGAUGGAGAGCAGGAUGGAGAGGUUGGGGAGAUGGAGGGGUGCUCCCAGAUUGAGCCCCACUCACCCCCACCAGUCAUGGACCUGGACAAGCAAGAUGCUGAAUUGCAGACGGAGGUGUUGGAGCUGUGUGGUGCUCCUUGUCCCAGCCCAAGCCCACAGAGGGAGCAGCUGUUCAGCCACUUAUCUCCACUCCCCUCUCUGAGGGACCUGCAGGAGGAUCCCUCUCUGAACUGUCAUAGCCAAGGCCGCUGUCCCACCUCUCCCCCUGCCCAGCUCCACCCCUCCCCCCGGCCCUGCGGCAGCCCCACAUCCUCCUCAGCAGAGCCUCAUCUCCUGGGUUCUGGCUUCUACCAGCUGCAGCUGGGGCCCUUCCUUCCAGACGGCCUGUCCAUGGGGCCAGAGGGUGGGGCCUCUCAGAGGCUGCAGGUGGACUUCUCCCUGCCCUCCGUCCCCCAGCCCCCACCCUUGCCUGCCAUUGCCCCAUCCUCCUCUGUCACUUCUGACUUUGGGGCCAUCAGCAGUUACCUGUGUCCCUCGGCCCUGUGCCCCCCUCCCGUCCAGCACUCCCGCUCUCUCACCCAGUGAGGGGAGGAAGAAGGGUGUCUUUACCCUGGAGAACAUUCCAAUAAUGCCUGGGUUGUUUGUACUUCUAAGUACUGCCAGUUGAAGCUAACUUGGACCAGAGGUCAUCCAUGUGAUGGUGUGAAGCUCCCCAGGAGAGAAACUGUCUUUUUGCGUGGGAGAUAGGCCUACCUGUAUCAGAGUGUUUACUAGGGGACACCCACUGCUCACAAGCACAAUGGCUUACCUACCUGUCUAUUCUGGAAGGGCAGUAGUUCUACCGAGACGUUCCCAGUUCUUAGAGAAUUCUUAGAUAUAAUGUUGGGACUGGAAAAGCUGGUGGGCUCGUUGAUGGCUCCAAGGCCAAAACAUUUAGCCUGAUGUUUGUUGCAGUGGCCUCGUCCAGAGCAGAACUAGAGACUGUGAUUUAACCUCCCUCACUGAUUUCCCAACAUUUACUGGGAACAGUGAGCAGCAGACAGACAACAUGACCUGGAGUCCUUGAUGCUGUAUUAUAGCAGAUGUCCACAAGAGAUGUUCUCCCUCUAUAUCAGUUCUGAUAAGGUUGUUUUUACAAGCAGGGUUCAGUCUGCACUUGUAUGACUUAUCACAACUCUGACUGUGGACCUCUUAGGUAGGAUCUGCCUCCCUGGUUCACUGUGAGAGCUUCCACCUCUCUUGAACAUCUACAACUGAAACUGAAGGUUUUGUAUGCAGUACGUUUAAGAGGAAAGAUCUGUAUAGGAAUACCAUGAAACUAUGCUUUUGAGAUUGUCACAAUGUUUUUAUUUUAUUGUUCUUUGUUCCCAGUUGUUCAGGUAUUCAUUGGCAGGUUUGCAAUAAGGAACCUGAGUUUGUGAUGGGAGUCCUUGUGUUCUCUCUUUCCAGUUUAUGUUGACGUUUAAAGGUCUUGUACAGUACCAAACUCCCACAAUUGCCUGACAACCACGGUAGGCACGUUAGCCUGUGUUUUGCGCAUUAUUGUACAUGCUACUGUAGGUAAGUCACUGAAUACACAGGUACUGUAGCCUCUGGCUUCUUCCCUGUCUCUCAACUCCAGUUUUUGUGUGAUUUAAGGUUUGAAUAUUGCCCUUAACCACCCAUCCGACCUUGUGGAUAACAGUCAUGGAAAAAGCCCAAAGGCAUUGAAGGACAUCGACCCAAAGGGGGUGUGUUCAGAAGGGUGAAAGGUUAUGAACGUUGCAGAUGGAGAAUGUGAUAUACAGAGCUAACACGCUUGCUUAUUCUGUACCGUUGCACCCUCCUGAACAGACCCCAGGUUUCACUGAUGCUGUACUGUAUUCUGCCACUAGAGGACCUUGGCUGUCGCCUAGUCUGAAGAGAGCCUGCCUGCCUGCUUUGUUCCCCCUGCUCAGGGGGAGAGAAUCUGUCCCCUAUGCUCUCUGUCCCGACGGCAGGAAAACUCAAUUUCUUUAUUUAUUCCCCAUUUUCUAUUUUUAUAGGUGGGGUUUUCCCUCUACUCCCUGCUCUGACCUGAGCUGUUCUAGAUCUGUUUGUUUUUGUUCAACCGUUUACAGGAGAUUCUGGACGUUGACUAUCAGGACAGGAAGGGGAGUAGAAACACUGCCUUUUGUUUAUUCUUUUUUUUAGCAUUUAUAUCCUACUGCUUCUGUUUAUAUUGGUUUGUAAUUAUAAUAUUUUGUAAAAAAAAGUACAAACAAAAUAUAUUAAAAAUGUUGACAAUUAA